AUGAACGGCCGCAUUAACGGUCGCGGAAACGGUCAUCAAGGAAACGGAGUGGCUAAUACCCAUCAUCUGACUAAUGGCGGUCGACCACACGGAGACAGCGACGACGAGGACUUCCAUUCGGCUGAAAUCACCAAGACUGGAUCUUCUAACGAGGAUUUCUUUGACGCAGCAGAGGACGGCCUAGAAGAUUAUCUUAGCAGCGACGAGGAUUUCCAGAACGCUCCCGGCAUUACCAGCAACGGCAGCAGCCGAGCCGUUCCUACGAGUACCACCACUGCUACUCGCGGCCGGCGAACCUCGUACCGUGAUCUCGUCGCGCGAAUCCAGGAAGAGUCAAGGAGGCGAGCAGAAGCGGAGGAAGCGCUCUCCGCCUGCACGAAACGGCUGGAUGGCGUACAAGCUGCGGUCGCAACCGCCCAGAAAGCUCUCGACGAAGCUGCUCUGGUUGUUCUCAGUCCGGCGGGGUCUGGUGAUGCUCAAGGCGGGAGCGAUAGCAGGACGGCUGGUAUCGAGGAAGCUGGAAACGAGGAUGCCAGGUCGAGAUCUGCUCACGGAUCGCAAGACGGUCCGACGGAAGGAGAUGCGAGUGGGAGCGUCGGCGCGGAAACAAAUGUGGUUGGGAUUGUCAGUGCGGAAGCAGAUACGACUGGGAGCGUGGAUGUGGAAGCUGCAUUGGCGAGAGCGGUUGCUGCAGCGAUGAAGCGAGGCGAGGAGCAUUUGGUUUCGGAUUUGGAGCAAGCGGAUCUGGUGGCGCGGAAAGAGGCGGAGGUAUCGCGGUUGCGAGAUAAGCUUCAAUACUGGGAGAGGAUGAACCAGGAGAUGGCUCAGAAGAAUAACGAAGCCAUCGAGCUCAUGAGGCGCACAGUCGGAUCACAUGCGGGCGCACAGGCGGAGGUGGAACGUCAUCUGGAAGGUGCUGGGGGUGGGAGCGGCCGUCACAGUGGGCGUGGGUGUCAUGGUAGCCGUUGCUCAUCUCUCCAGCAGCAGCAGCAGCAGCAGCAGCAGCAGCAGCAGCAGUAG